AUGCACCACAUGUAUCUGAGUCUCAGAGUGGGUCUAUGGGAGUCAAACCAUCUGUGUGUGCCCAUCGUGAGGAGUCGCCACUACCCCCUGCCCCUGUACAAGUUCCUCAUAUGGAUCCUGCUGGGAGUGUUGACCUUCCCGUGUUGUGUCCGCUGUCUGAUAUUCAAAGUGGGGGUGCUGGGGCCAUGGAACUGCGACCCCGUGUACUCCAGGGCCUUACCCGGCGUGGCCGCCAGACUGGCCGUGGGGAGGAUCAACCAGGACUCGUCUUUAGUCCUCGGCCGCAAAAUGGACUUUGUCGUUCUGCAGGAGCCCUGCGAGACGUCCCAGGCGCUCACCACCUUCUUGAACUACGAGAAGGUGGCGGACGCGUUCGUGGGCCCCACCAACACGGGCUUCUGCUCAGCCGCCAACCUGCUGGCCACCAACUGGGAUAAAGCCAUAUUCUCUUAUGGAUGUGUCAACCACGAGCUGGACCAAGGCGCCACGUAUCCCACCUUCGCCAGGACGCUGCCGCCCCCGUUUGGCAUCUUGUUUGCGGUGUUGAAGUACUUUCAAUGGGCCAACGUCGGAAUCGUUUCGUCCAACGAGGACAUCUGGAUGGAAGCGGCCGGGAAGUUAGCAAACGCCCUGCGUCGCGAGGGCCUCCCCGUGGGCAUCGUGACCGCCAUGGGGAUCAACGAGACGGAGGUGGAGCAGACCAUGAAGAGGAUCCAGGCGAAGGCAGACCUCAAGGUCAUCAUCAUGUGCAUGCACUCGGCCCUGAUCGGGGGCCAGCAGCAGGCCACCUUCCUGCUGAAGGCCCUGGAGCUGGGGCUGACCCAGGGCCAGUACGUGUUCCUGCCCUACGACGCGCUGCUCUACAGCCUGCCCUACGGCAACGUCUCCUACGCCCCGCUGAGGAACAGCAGCCGGCUGCGGCAGGCCUACGACGCCGUGCUCACCGUCACCGUGGAGUCGGGGGACCUGUCCUUCUACCAGGCCCUGGACGCGGCCACAUGGAGCGGGGGGCUGCCCGCCAACCUGGAGCCCCUGCAGGUCCACCCUCUGUUUGGCACCAUCUACAACAGCAUCUACCUGUUGGCCAAGUCCAUCCACAGUGCCAGGCAGACUGGCACCUGGUUGUCAGGGUCCAACCUGGCCUACCUAACCAGGAACCGCACCUUUGACGGCUUCAACCAGAAGGUCAGGGUGAGCGCCGAUGGGACGGUCACCACCAACUACGUCAUCCUGGACAUGGACGGCGUGGGCAGCCAGCUGUACUCCACCUACACACUGGAUCCUGCCUCCGGGAACGUUCGCUUUGCUGGGAGGAACAUUAAUUUCCCUGGGGGAUCCGCGCCGGCCUCCGAUUCUCUAUGCUGGUUCGACAAAACUGUCACCUGUACUGGAGGCGUGGAGAUCAUCUAUAUAGUGGUGAUAUUUGUUGUCAUCGCAAUUCUGGCUAUAGUGGGGAUCGCUCUUACUCUGUUUAUCAGGAGGAGAAUCCAGCAGAUCCAGCUGUUCAAGGGCCCCAAUCGCAUUCUUCUCACGCUCGAGGACCUGACCUUCAUCGACCCCCAGCUCAGCAAGAGGAAAAUCACCCUGGAGGAUUUGAGUGAGUCCAAGAGCGCGAUAGAGGACAAGAGCACCAGGUCAAAUGAGCGAUCGCACUCGGUCAACAGCAUCCGGACCAUCACUCACGAGACAACCAACGUAGCCGUGUAUGAGGGAGACUGGGUGUGGCUUAAGAAAUUUGAAGAUGGCCAAUUUAAAGAGGUGAAACAGAGCGCGACUAAGAUAUUCACAAAGAUGAAGGACCUGAGGAACGAGAACGUGAACCCUUUCCUGGGCUUUUUCUGCGACUGCUCCAUGUUCGCCGUGGUAACGGAGCACUGCUCCCGCGGCAGCCUGCAGGACCUGCUGGGGAACGACGACGUCAAGCUGGACUGGAUGUUCAAGUCCUCGCUGCUCCUCGACCUCAUUAAGGGUAUGAAGUACCUGCACCACAAAGACUUCCCCCAUGGCAGACUGAAGUCUCGGAACUGUGUGGUGGACGGACGCUUUGUUCUGAAGAUUACCGACUACGGCUUUAAUGAACUGCUGGAGUCCCAGAAGAGUCCCAAAGAACAAUGGACACCUGAAGAGUUAUUCUGGACAGCCCCAGAGUUCCUCAGGGACCCCGAAAGCUCACGCAGAGGGACCUUCAAGGGGGACGUGUACAGCUUCGCCAUUAUACUCCAAGAGGUGGUGGUCCGAGGACUCCCCUACUGCAUGCUGGGGCUCCCUCCAGAGGAGAUCAUCCGUAAGGUGAAGAAGCCCCCGCCCAUGUGCCGGCCCACCGUGGCCCCGGACCAGGCCCCCCUGGAGUGCAUCCAGCUGAUGAAGCAGUGCUGGAGCGAGAUGCCCGACCGCAGGCCCGCCUUCGAAGAGAUCUUCAACCAGUUCAAAAUCAUCAACAAGGGCAAGAAGACGAACAUCAUCGACUCCAUGCUGCGGAUGCUGGAGCAGUACUCCUCCAACCUGGAGGACCUGAUCAGGGAGAGGACCGAGGAGCUGGAGGUGGAGAAGCAGAGGACCGAGAAGCUGCUGUCUGAGAUGCUCCCGCCCUCGGUGGCGGAGGCGCUGAAGACGGGCACCACGGUGGAGCCCGAGUACUUCGACCAGGUCACCAUCUACUUCAGCGACAUCGUGGGCUUCACCACCAUCUCGUCGCUCAGCGACCCCAUCGAGGUGGUGGACCUGCUCAAUGACCUCUACACGCUGUUCGACGCCGUGCUCUCCAACCACGACGUCUACAAGGUUGGAGACGACGGAUGAGCCUAUUGGGUGUCCUCGGGUCUGCAAGACGGCAACAAGCACGCGCGGAGGAUCGCCAAAGCUCUCUGAACAUCCUCAAGCUCCGUGGAAGCUUCAAGAGCGGCACAUGCUGACGUUCCUGUCCGCAUUCGCCUUUUUCUGUCCCAAGGCUCCUGUGUGGCGGGCGUUGUGGGCCUCACCAUGCCUCGGUACUGCCUUUUCGGAGACACUGUGAACACUGCGUCUCGUAUGGAAUCCACUGGGCUGCCUUAUAGAAUCCACGUGAACAUUAGUACGGUGAACAUCCUAAAUUCCCUCAAUGAGGGUUAUAAGAUCGACCUCCGAGGCAAGACGGAGCUGAAGGGUAAAGGCAUCGAAGAGACAUACUGGUUGGUUGGGAAGGCAAACUUUGCAAAGCCUUUGCCAAAACCUCCAGACAUCAAUCCAGGGGAAGACAAUCAUGGACUGAAACCUGAGGAAAUAGCUGCGUACAGGAAAAAGAAAGCAGAGAAAAAGGCUUGAGCCACAUAUAACCAAAACGGCAGGGACAACUGGCAGCAGAUGGUGACGGAGGAGAUAAAGACGAUCUUUCGCAAGGCCAAGAGGGAGGACAAGCUA